AUGCCAGAUAUCGAGGACCUCAGCCUAGAGAAAAAGAAGUGUCUUAUCCGGACAUUCCUCACAAGACACUACAGGUUUUGCAGUCAAAAGCCAAAGGCUUCCGUUCCUUGGUCUGCAGUAAGGGAGGCUCAGGAUGAUUUUAUUGAGCCCAAGUUUUUACCUGCCGGUGUGAAGAUCAAGGACCCAUCAAAGCUUCAGUUGCAUGAAGCCGACAGGUUGUUAGAGUUCUGGCAUCAGAGACAAAAGGACGCGAUUCCAUCAACAUUUGAAUUCAAAAGCUGGCAAGACCACGACAAGGAGAUGAGAGAACCGGUGAAGAGGACCUCUGGGCAGGUGGAACAAGACUUGGGCACCGAGGAGGAAGAUCGUGAUGAAGGUGCUAUGGAUGGCAUGAGAUCCGGUCUACCAACUGCAAAGACCAAGGCUCCAGUUAAAAAGCCAGCCAGAAGGACAGAACACCGGUCACAACAGCCAACCGGACGGGUCGAGCAGGAGUCAAGUAGUGAGGGGGAGGAUGGUGACGAAGGUGCUGACUAUGACACGAGAUCGGGUCUGGCGACAGCAAAGACCAGGGUUCCAGUGAAAAACACAACCGGAAGGAAGGAACACCAGUCACGAAAACCAACCAGAAAGCCGACCGGACGGGUGGAGCAGGAGUCAGGUAGUGAGAGAGAGGAUGGCGACGAAGGUGCUGACUAUGGCACGAGAUCUGGUCUGGCGAAAGCAAAGACCAGGGCUCCAGUUCAAAACACAACCGGAAGGAAGGAACACCAGUCACACAAACCAACCGGCAAGCCGAACAGACAGGUGGAGCAGGAGUCAGGCAGUGAGGGGGAGGAUGGCGAGGAAGGUGCUGGUGAUGGCAAAAGACCCGGUCUAAUGACUGCCAAGACCACGGUUCCAGUUGACAAGCCGACCGGAAUGAUCGAGCCUGCCGUUCUGGCGACAGCAAAGGCCAGGGUUCCGGUAAAAAAACCAACCGGCAAGCCAACUGGGAAGUCAACUGGAAGGAUGGAACGCCAGUCAAGUGGCGAGGGCAAUGGAGGGAAUGAAGAUGUCCAUUUUCUGUUUUCAAAGUCCAAAUCAAUUGGAAGGCGAAAUCGAACCGACCAAUCUGAUUCAGAGCAGGAAGAUUCUGUCCAGGUGAGGAAGAUGCGUCGAAAGGAACCUACACCCAAAUCAAUGGCACCUUCGACGACACAAGCCACUCGUAAAACAAGGAAGACAAACGGAGCUCAAGUCGAUCACCCGGAGCCAAAGAGAUCAGCUAGAACCACAAAGGUGUCUUACAAAGUGAACUACAUGCAAAGGCAGUGA